UACGUGACGCAUAUCUUCAGUUCCACGCGGAAACGGCACGAAAACACGCGGAAUGAUUUAUGUCGUUUUUAUUCAGAUUAGUUCAGUUCGAAGUAGGAGUUGUGAACGUUGCCGAAAGUUGAAUGCAAACAACUUUUUUUUUUUUUUUUUAAGGGGCCGUCUUUAGUGGCGGGUGUUGGUGGGCGUGGCCUGCAGCGGUGUCCGGGUUUAAGGUCCCACGUGGUGGGCGCACUCACCAUCGAAAGCUGGCCGCGGAGCGACUCUUGCAACACGCUGGGCCCGGGACUGAUGCACACAUGCCCUCCUACUCCCUCGACCACUUCGCUGGCCUGGACCUGGACGACAUCAUGUGCAAGCAACUGUUGAGCCUGGAUCUGAGGGACGCGGACAAUCAGCUGUCACCCAUCGGCCGCGCAAAGGCGGCGCCGGGCUUCGUCGGACAGCAACGUAGCUGCGACGCGUCGCUCUCCCUGGGGGCCCUCGCCCGUCUGGACGCGGGCCCCCCGGACGACUGCUGCCUGUCCUCCGGCAUGUGGGGGCCGCAGCCGGAGGGCCGACAAGCCCCCGGCCGGUGGCGCAAGCACGACUUCCUGUCUCAGCGCUCGCUCAGCAUGGUGGAGACCGGCACGGCGGCGGCGGAGAGUCCGGGCUGGUCCAGCUCGGACGUGAUGAUGAUGCUGAUGAUGAAGGGCGGCCAGGAAGGCGUGGGCCCCGCCCCCAGCGUGUCGUCGUCCAACUCCUCCGCGUCGUCCCGCUACAAGACGGAGCUGUGUCGCUCUUUCACGGAGAGCGGCACGUGCAAGUACGGCGGCAAGUGCCAGUUCGCCCACGGGCCCGACGAGCUGCGGGAUCUCAGCCGGCAUCCCAAGUACAAGACGGAGCCGUGCCGCACCUUCCACACCAUCGGCUUCUGCCCGUACGGGAUCCGCUGCCACUUCGUCCACAACAACGAGGAGGAAAUGGAUCACAUGUCGCGCUCCUCCUCCUCAAGUUUCGCCCUCCAGUCGCGGGCCAACAGAAUCCCGCUCAUGAGACAGAGCAUCAGCUUCUCCGGGUUUCCUACCCCGCCUCAGCACUCCCUUCCUCCUCCUCCUCCCGCCGCCUGUUUCGCACGUGCUCAGUCCGCCUCUCCCCCUUGCGCCGACAUCACCGACCUCCUCGCUCAGGUCUUUUCAGAGACAGAACCUACUACCCUCCAGGCCUCCGCCGCUCCGCAGUACCAACCCGCGUCCGUCGCGGAUCCCCUCUCUCCCUUCCUGCCGUCCCCGGACUCGGGUUGUCCGUCUCCGCCUCCGAGCCCCGGCGCCCCGCCGUUGUUCACGCGGUCCCUCGGCACGCGGUCCCUGUCCUACGCCUCGCUGUCGGAUCAAGACCAGGACGGGGGGAGCUCGGCGAGCUCGCUUAGCGGACUGGAGUCCAGCAGCGAGGGGAAACGCCUGGCCGUGUUCAGCCAGCUCUCCGUCCCCGAGGACGGUGCCGGGUCGGGACUUUAGGCGCAGGACCAGACGUGUGCCAAGUACUACUCACUCGUUUGUAUAUAGAAGUGCUCCGAGUGCCACUCCUCCAAAGCCAAAGAUGUUGAGCUUUGUAGCGACUAGACUUGUUCCAAGUACGGUAGGUAGGCCUCGCGACAAUGUUUUGUUGAGGUCUCCGGCCUUGAAAAACCCGAUGUUGUGUUUUUUAACACGUCUUAAUAAGUACCUGGGGGGUGUUACUGAGCAGUUUGCCAGGUUGUUCCUUCUUGUUUGAGGGUAUUUAUUUUCCCUAUAUACCGAUCAAGAGUAGGGUUAGGGUUUUUGACAGACAUCAGAAGAAAGAAAAAAAAAAGCUCAACAGAAGUCGCUUCAAUUAAAGAAUUGAGUAGUGAAAUUAUUGAUGAAACAUUCCAAGAUGUUCUCGUUCUCUCGUGUUUGGUAUUAACUCUUUUGUUGUUUUUUUUGUUGGGGUAUUGUAACGAUAGCGCUGCGGUUGUUGCCCGAGUCGAGCCACAUCUAGCACACUGUAGCCUUUCCCGUGCUAAAUAAGCCUUUUAGAAAUGUUAUCAGGCUCUUUAUUUGUGUCUUUAAUGUAUUGUUAGAUCUUGUUCUGCUAUUUAAAAGGACCUUUUUUCACCGACGUGUUUUGAGGCUUGUGUUAGUAUUGUAGGUGAUAGCCUUGGUAAAUUAAUUUCUUUAAUUUAUUUUUAACAUAUUUAUAGAGGACUUUUGAGUUGGUAAUGCUUGUAUCAAGUUUAAUAUAUUUGCGUUUCUUUUGCCAUUUUUUUUUUUCUACUGGAAAUAAAGGUUGUUGUUUUUAUUAAAA